CUAAAAUCCGGACUCUCUCCAUAGGUGCCCACCCCUAACGCGUACUGUAAAACCGAUGCGUUUCCCGCCUUUGCUUCUGACACUAUCAUUUGUAGUUUUUACCGUAAGAUAUUACUACUGUAUUUUUUUUAAUUUUAGUAUCCCCAGAAAUAGUCAAGAGUCACUGUUUUCAUCCAUAGUAUAUUGCCUCCAUUUUCUUCCUUUCUUUCUCUCUGUAAGUUUUGAAACCCAUUUGAUUUACUCCACCAUUCCUGAAGGAAUGGCUAUGGAAGAGAUGGGGAACGGAGAUAUGGGCAAACCGCUUGCAGAUUCUCCGACUUCUGUUCUCGAGGAUGAGAAUCCUUCCAAGGAGACACAGGUCAAAGUGGAGGAAGAAGUAUUCUUAGAUGCAAAAAAUGGGGAUUCUUCUUGUGUAUCGGAAUCCAUGGUGAAGGAGGAAGAGGUGCUUUUGGGAAACCGUGGGAAGGAGGAAGAAGAAAGUGUGGAGGAAAAGAAGGCAGUUGACUUGAACGAAACUCAGUUCUCAAAACUGGACGAACUUCUCACUCAGACCCAACUUUAUUCGGAAUUUCUGCUCGAGAAAAUGGACGAUAUCACUGUGAAUGGAGUGGAAGAAGAUGAAGUCAAGCCAGCCGAGGAAAGUAAGAGAGGAUGUGGUAGGAAAAGAAAAGCAGCCACAACUUACAAUAGAAAGACAAAGAGAGCUGUUGCAGCAAUGCUGACAAGAACUAAAGAAGGUGAAUCUUCAGACUAUUCAUCCCUGACUGAAGAGGAGAGAGCUGAAAAGGAACAAUCUGAUCUUGUACCAUUGUUGACUGGUGGGAAGUUGAAGUCUUAUCAAAUUAAAGGAGUGAAAUGGAUGAUCUCCCUAUGGCAAAAUGGAUUGAAUGGAAUCCUUGCUGAUCAAAUGGGACUUGGAAAAACAAUUCAAACGAUUUCUUUUCUUGCACACUUAAAGGGAAAUGGUUUAGAUGGGCCUUAUCUUGUCAUUGCCCCUCUCUCUACUCUCUCCAAUUGGUUGAAUGAAAUUAAUAGGUUCACACCAUCAAUAAAUGCAAUCAUCUACCAUGGUGACAAGAAGGAAAGAGACACGAUAAGAAGGAAGCACAUGCCAAAGGCAAUUGGUCCCGAAUUCCCAAUCGUAAUCACAUCUUUUGAAGUUGCAAUGGCUGAUGCAAGAAAGUAUUUGCGGCAUUAUACAUGGAAAUAUCUUGUGGUUGAUGAGGGGCAUAGACUGAAAAACUCAAAAUGCAAAUUGUUGAAGGAAUUGAAACUCUUACCUGUAGAGAAUAAGCUCCUCUUGACGGGAACACCUCUCCAGAACAACUUGGCAGAACUUUGGUCCCUUUUGAAUUUUAUUCUACCAGAUAUUUUCUCAUCCCAUGAAGAAUUUGAGGCAUGGUUUGAUUUCUGCGGAAAGACAAAUAGUGAAGAUUCAACAGAGAAUUUGGUAGAGAUGAGAAAAGCUCAAGUGGUGGCAAAACUCCAUGCAAUAUUGCGCCCUUUUCUUCUUCGAAGAAUUAAGGCAGAUGUAGAGCAAAUGCUCCCACGUAAGAAAGAAAUAAUUUUAUAUGCCACAAUGACUGAGCACCAGAAGAAUUUCCAAGAGCAUCUCAUUAAUAAGACACUGGAAGGCCAUCUUAUUGAGAAUGUGGUAAAUGGAAUGCGUGCUGGUUUCAGAGGAAAACUCAACAAUCUCAUGAUUCAACUUAGGAAGAAUUGCAACCACCCUGACCUCUUAGAGUCUCAAUUUGAUGAUUCUUUCUUCUUCCCACCUGUGGAGCAAAUAGUUGGGCAGUGUGGAAAGUUUCAGUUACUUGAUAAAGUGGUUGGAAAAUUGCUGGAUCGAAAACACAAGGUUCUGAUCUUUUCUCAGUGGACUAGAAUGUUAGACAUAAUUGAGUACUAUUUUAGUCAAAAGGGUUUUGAAGUCUGCAGAAUUGAUGGCUCUGUUAAAUUGGAUGAAAGAAGACGACAGAUUCAAGAGUUCAAUGAUGUGGACAGCCGGUAUAGGAUAUUUCUUCUUAGUACUAGAGCUGGCGGGUUAGGGAUUAAUCUUACAUCUGCUGACACCUGCAUUUUGUAUGACAGUGAUUGGAACCCACAGAUGGAUCUACAGGCAAUGGAUCGAUGCCACAGGAUUGGUCAGACAAAACCUGUUCAUGUGUACAGGCUUUCUACAGCACAAUCUGUUGAGGGCCGGAUUCUGAAAAGAGCUUUUAGUAAGUUAAAGCUUGAGCAAUUGGUGAUCGAGAAAGGCCAAUUCCAGCAGGAGCGAAGCAACACCAAUGCUAAUGAUGUCUUGCAGCAAGAGGACCUGUUGGCUCUUCUCCGGGAGGAAGAAAGUGCAGAAGAUAAGUUGGUGCAGACCGAUUUAAGUGAUGAAGACCUGGAAAGAGUGAUGGACCGCAGCGACUUACUUGCCCUUCAUUCCCAAGAUGCGAAAGCCAAUUCUCAGGCAUGUUCAAAUGCCAUUCCUCUGAAAGGACCUGGCUGGGAGGUUGUUAUUCCUACCGCGACCGGUGGCAUGUUAUCUUCCCUUAACGAAUGACUUUCUGGUGUUCUUAUGUAUUCAUCUUUCAUGGUUUCUAGUAUGUUGUACUACUAGUUUUUGUCAGAGCUCCCCAAACCGAAUACAGAUUGAAAUUGACAUGUUUUCCUCAUUUUGUAUUUGCUGAGAGGAUUCAUGCAAUGGGGGGAAGCUGAUUAGCUUUUUUUGUUUGUUUUUUGUAAAUUGAAUGUUGAGCACUGACAGUGCAAAU